AUGCAGGGUCUUCUGGAGAAGCAGAGAUUGCCUCUGCUCCUUGUCUCAGGAUAUAGGGAGCAUCAUUCCUAUUUCUGCGGAUGAAGCAGCCUCACAGCUGGGGGAAGCAGCAGAUACACUCAGGCAUCUGUCACUGUGUGUCUGUUCAAGGAAGCAGAGUUUGAGGAGAGAAUUCCUGGAUUUAACAUGAGCCACUGUGAACCUUAUGUGACAAGGAAUAAUAACUGUCCCAUCACAGCGGUCAGGAAUGAGAGUCAGGAUUACUUGUUUAUGGAGACUGAGGAUGGAGAAGAGAACUCCUUACACCACUAUGGAUAUUAUCCUACACGGGCCCCGGAAAACAGAUUGUGUCAUCGACGGCAAACACUACUACGGGAAAAGGGUAGAAGACAAGCCAACCGGGGACCAGCUUAUAUGUUCAGUGACCGCUCCACUAACCUUUCAGCUAACGAAGAACGGUUUUUGGACGCGGCGGAGUACGGGAACAUCCCUGUGGUCCGGAAAAUGGUGGAGGAAUGUCACUCUUUAAAUGUGAAUUGUGUGGACUACAUGGGGCAAAAUGCCUUGCAACUAGCCGUUGCUAAUGAGCACUUGGAAAUUACAGAGCUUCUGCUUAAGAAAGAGAACUUAGCGCGGGUAGGCGAUGCAUUGCUCCUGGCGAUCAGCAAAGGGUAUGUACGGAUAGUGGAAGCCAUUCUUGGCCACCCGUCCUUUGCCGAAGGGAAGCGCCUCACCACAAGCCCUAGUCAGUCGGAAUUCCAACAGGAUGACUUCUACGCCUACGAUGAGGACGGGACAAGAUUCUCCCAAGAUAUCACGCCUAUUAUUUUGGCCGCUCACUGUCAGGAAUAUGAAAUAGUCCAUACGCUUCUUAGGAAAGGAGCCCGAAUUGAGAGGCCUCACAAUUAUUUUUGUAAAUGCAGCGAAUGUAAUGAAAAACAAAAGCACGACUCCUUCAGCCACUCCAGGUCAAGAAUCAAUGCAUAUAAAGGACUUGCCAGCCCAGCUUAUCUAUCAUUAUCCAGCGAAGACCCAGUAAUGACAGCCUUAGAGCUCAGUAAUGAGUUGGCUCUUCUAGCAAACAUUGAAAAAGAAUUCAAGAAUGACUACAAAAAAUUGUCUAUGCAAUGCAAGGACUUUGUUGUUGGACUUCUAGAUUUGUGCAGAAACACAGAGGAGGUGGAAGCGAUUUUAAAUGGCGACGUAGACGCGAACCUCAGCACCGCAGAUGCUAACGGCCGGCCGAGCCUCUGUCGCUUAAAGCUCGCUAUUAAGUAUGAAGUUAAAAAGUUUGUAGCUCAUCCAAACUGUCAGCAGCAACUUCUAUCCAUCUGGUAUGAGAAUAUAUCAGGCUUGCGGCAGCAGACUACUGCAGUCAAAUUUCUGGUGGUUUUGGCUGUUGCGGUUGGGUUGCCAUUUCUCGCUAUGGUUUACUGGAUUGCCCCUUGCAGUAAGCUGGGUAAAAUAAUGCGUGGCCCUUUCAUGAAGUUUGUAGCCCAUGCGGCCUCGUUUACUAUUUUCCUUGGCCUGCUAGUGAUGAAUGCAGCCGACAGAUUCGAAGGCACCAAAAUUCUUCCUAACGAGAGUAUCACAGAUCACGCCAAGCAGCUGUUCAGGAUGAAAACGUCCUGCUUCUCCUGGAUGGAAUUGCUCAUUAUUUCCUGGGUAAUAGGUAUGAUCUGGUCAGAGUGUAAGGAGAUCUGGUCGCAAGGGCCGCGGGAAUACAUUUUUGAGCUGUGGAAUAUCCUGGAUUUCGGAAUGCUGGCAAUCUUUGCUGCUUCGUUCAUUGCCAGGUUCAUGGCCUUCUGGCACGCCUCCCGGGCACAGAACUUUGUUGAUGAUGAUGAGAACAUUAAGGACUUGACGAGUGCCACGCUGCCUCCUGAAAUAAAAUACUACACUUUUGCCAGAAUAAAAUGGCUGUCAUCAGACCCACAGAUUAUAUCAGAAGGCCUCUACGCAAUUGCUGUGGUUCUCAGUUUCUCCAGGAUUGCUUAUAUUCUACCGGCAAACGAAAGUUUUGGACCUCUGCAGAUAUCACUAGGAAGGACUGUAAAAGAUAUCUUCAAGUUUAUGGUGAUAUUUAUCAUGGUGUUUGUGGCCUUUAUGAUUGGAAUGUUUAAUCUGUACUCCUACUAUCUUGGAGCUAAACAAAAUGAUGCCUUUACCACUGUUGAAGAGAGUUUUAAGACUUUGUUCUGGGCCAUUUUUGGACUUUCUGAAGUGAAAUCAGUUGUCAUCAACUAUGGACACAAAUUUAUAGAAAAUAUUGGUUAUGUCCUAUAUGGAGUAUACAAUGUCACCAUGGUGAUCGUUCUAUUAAAUAUGCUGAUUGCAAUGAUCAACAACAGCUUCCAAGAGAUAGAGGAUGACUCUGAUGUGGAGUGGAAGUUUGCCAGGGCCAAGCUGUGGUUCUCUUACUUUGAAGAGGGGCGUACCCUCCCCGUUCCGUUCAACUUGGUUCCAAGUCCCAAAUCGUUCCUCUACAUCGCUCUAAUGAUUAAGUCUUUUCUUCAUAAAAUGUUCUCCUGCCACUCAAAAAGCUUACAGGAUGACUCUGAGAUGAACAAGCUGGGUCAUAGUAAGCACUCCAGCAUUAGGAGUUCUGAGGACGGCAACUUGAAUAACAUAAGUCACCCAUCCACAAAGUACCAGAAAAUAAUGAAGCGUCUUAUUAAACGUUAUGUGCUGAAGGCUCAGGUUGACAAGGAGAGUGAUGAAGUCAAUGAAGGGGAACUGAAGGAGAUUAAGCAGGACAUUUCCAGCCUCCGCUAUGAGCUCCUUGAAGAGAAAUCGCACAACACAGAGGACCUUGCGGAACUCAUCCGGAAGCUCGGAGAGAGGUUAUCCAUUGAGCCUAAACAACAGUAGAACAACAAAUGACGUGCGUGAUGGGCCGGUGCCACGCAGAAGCAUUGUGCACCCACGUAUGUAAGCCCUGGGACCCCGGGAUGUUCAUUAUAAGCUCCGUAUUCCUGGUGCCUGGUGACAUUCUACAUCUGCUAUCUGCGGAGUUCCCACGGCUGUAGCAUCCAAGCUCCACCGGUGGGACGUCAGCCUGACCCAUAUGGUCACCUACACAUCUAACUAUGGGGGUCAUUCUGAGUUGAUCGUUAGCUGAAAAUGUUCGCUGCGCAGCGAUGAAGCAAAAAAGGCACUUAUGCGUAUGCGGCACAAUGCGCACGCGCGACGUACUUUCACAACGGCCGAUGUAGUUUUACACAAGCUCUAGCGAAGCUUUUCAGUCGCACUGCUGGCCGCAGAGUGAUUGACAGGAAAGGGGGGUUUCUGGGUGUCAACUGACCGUUUUCAGGGAGUGUUCAAAAAAAUGCAGGCGUGCCAGGAAAAACGCAGGCGUAGCAGGGCGUGUUUGUGACGUCAAAUCCGGAACUGAACAGUCUGAAGUGAUCGCAAGCACUGAGUAGGUUCGGAGCUACUCUGAAACUGCACAAUUUGUUUUUGUAGCCGCUCUGCGAUCCUUUCGUUCGCACUUCUGCUAAGAUACACUCCCAGAGGGAGGCGGCAUAGCGUUUGCACGGCUGCUAAAAACUGCUAGCGAGCUAUCAACUCGGAAUGACCCCCUAUGUGCAAGUGUUUUCUCUCAAAAGAUCAUAUAUUUUGAUUAGUUCAUGGAUUUACAGUAUCUGACAUUGUACAGACAUUUUCGCUGGAUGACAAAUAGAGAUAUUAAAGAUAUUACUAGGCUGGAGUAUACAAUAUUACUGUAUUUAAUUCUAAGAAUCAGCAGGAUUGUGAUGGCAUCCGUCUUGUAAAGUAAUAAUCACCGUAUAAUAUUUAGUGACCUAACUUUCUAAAUAUAUAGAUGUUUAUAUAGACAAAGCCAUAUACAGUAACUAUUUAAGUUAUGAUCAUUGUACAUUAACUGCAAAAAAAAAGUAUACAGUAUACAGUACCUUUUAUGUAAGAUUUACCUUAUACAUAGGAACUCAAUGUACAGAAAUAAAGCUGUAUUUUUAUUUGUAAAAA